GACGGCGGGUGGAGGUCACAGAAUUCCGUUUGAUAAAGUCUGGCCGCGGGGCGGCUUCAGUCUCCCUCAGCUAUGUGGACUUGGAGACCCUCAAGAGCGGCGCCCAGACUUUCUCAGUACAGAAGAGGCUUGAGAAAAUAGAGCCAGAGAAGACGCUGCUGCAGGUGAUGUACGUGGACGUUCCAAAUGGGGCUGUGGUUUUGUCCGACCCCAACUACGACGAGGUUAUUGUCCCUCUCCGCCUUUUCGGGGGCCCCUCUGUCGCCGAGCACCUUACCCGUAGGCUCUCACCCUCCCAGGGGCCCCCUUGGGCCCCCCCAGGGGCCCCCAAGGCCCCAGGGGCCCCCCAGAGGCCCUUCAAAGGGGCCCGCCAGGCCACCCCAGGGGACCCCCAGGGGCCCCCCAGGGGCCUUCUAGGGGCCCCCCAGGGGCUGCUGACUGAGAGGGCCUUCAGGGGCCCCUCAGAGGAGCAUGCUUGGGGGGUGCCCCAGAGGACGCUGGCCUUGGGGCCCCCACCUGAGGGGCCCCCUGAGUGUGGGGCCCCUUGA